AGGGUCAGAUUGACUUCGACAUCGGCGAACGCCUGCUCGCUUUUCUCCGCUCGACUCUCGGUUUCGUUUCGCUUUUUCCCCUCCUCACUCGUGGACACUGAACAGAAGGUAUCAGCAUUUACGACUCGUGCCACGUUCAUGGAAUCUGACAGCGACAUAGGGAUAUUUGUGUGGUGAUCUUUUUUUAAAAAGAAAACGGCUGCUGGGUAAAGUUAGCUAGCUAGCAAAGCUAAGUUAGCUAGCUGGCUAGCUCGCCGUGUCUCUCCGUAGUCGGUGUUCUAGAAAAGCUCGUGGUGUGAGUGUGUUCGCUCCAGCGGUAACGUUCAGGUUGGAAGCGAACACGCCUUGUCGUAUUAUUAACAUUUCUUUUUUAUUCUGGGGCCGUUUGAUGGAUCCUAGAAUCGCCUGGUUUCAGCCAGAACAGCGCGGACCUGCUAACAGCCUGUGGAUGCAGAUUUGGGAGACGACGCAGGGCCUCGGUAAUUUGUACUUUCACGUUAACGGAGGCGGCGGUAACGGGAACAGCAGCGGAGGAGCAGCGGCAGCAGGAGGUGGUAGUGUUGGUGGCGGAGGCGGAUCCAGCACGAGCCCCAAGACGAGCGCGGACAUUGCAUUAGCGGCGGACAGCAGCAACGCGGCUCGCGACUGCAUCGAGUCGAAGCACCGGGGAAUGUCCGGAGAAAUCGCGGAGCAGCGAGACUUCAUACCGUUGGAGAGCAACAAUAUUAUCACUAACAACAACAACCACCACAACCAGCGGAGUGCGGCGGUGGGCCGUGGAGGAGGCGGCGGGCCCGGGGGACCAUGGAGCGGUGCGCAGGACGCCGCGGCGCAGCGCAACAAGCGCAAACGCGAGAACAAGGCGAGCACGUUCGGCUUCAACCGCAGCCUGUUUUUCAACGGCUCAUCCAGGCCGGACGAGGAGCCGUACGAGGGCAUACCGUGGAAACGGACAAACUACUCCGGGGGAAUCGUUGGGCUCCAUGAGGAGAUAAAAGACUUCUAUGACUACAUGUCUCCUCGGCCGGAGGAAAAAAGGAUGAGGCUGGAAGUCGUUGAUAGGAUAGAGAGUGUCAUCAAGGACCUAUGGCCCAGUGCAGUUGUCGAAGUGUUUGGCAGUUUUAGCACCGGCCUGUAUUUGCCUACAAGUGAUAUAGACCUGGUAGUGUUUGGAAACUGGGAGACCCUUCCUCUGUGGACGCUGGAAGAAGCGCUGCGCAAGAGGAAUGUCGCAGACGAGAACUCUGUGAAAGUGCUCGAUAAAGCAACGGUUCCGAUUAUUAAGCUGACAGACGCUUACACUGAGGUCAAGGUGGACAUCAGUUUUAACGUGCACAGUGGCGUAAAAGCUGCCAAUCUCAUCAAAGAUUUCAAAAAGAAAUUCCCUGUGCUGCCAUAUCUGGUUCUGGUGCUAAAACAGUUCCUACUGCAGAGGGAGCUGAAUGAGGUGUUUACUGGAGGCAUUGGAUCCUACAGCCUGUUUCUAAUGGCUGUCAGUUUCUUACAGCUACACUAUAGGGAGGAUGUGUGCAGUCCCAACUCAAACAUUGGUGUCCUUCUCAUCGAGUUCUUUGAAUUGUACGGCCGCCAUUUUAACUACCUGAAGACGGGCAUCCGGAUUAAAGAUGGAGGUUCAUACUUGGCCAAAGACGAUGUGCUAAAAGGCAUGCUGGAUGGAUACAGACCCUCCAUGCUGUACAUUGAGGAUCCACUGCAGCCAGGCAACGAUGUUGGAAGGAGCUCAUAUGGAGCCAUGCAGGUUAAACAAGCAUUUGAUUAUGCAUAUGUGGUUCUGAGCCACGCUGUCUCUCCUAUUGCCAAGCACUACCCCAACAACAAGUCUGAAAGUAUUCUGGGUCGAAUAAUCCGCGUCACUCGGGAGGUAGCCGAGUACCGUGAUUGGAUAAGCGAGCACUGGGGUGGUCAGUCGCAAAGUGAGGCAGCCCUCAACUGCAAUGGAAAUGAUGUCACCCUCUUGGUGGAGCCUCAGGAGCUCGAUGAGUGUAACAACAACUUGUCAGAUGAGAUCGUCGUUCUUCCUCCAGUGUCACGGAGUAAAGCGUCUUCCAACUCCUCCUCCCCACCGCCUUCCUCACCUUCAUCGCCGUCUUCAUCCUCAUCGCCCUCUCCUUCCUCCACGACGUCCAGUGAUGCAGAUUCUGACGGAACCCCAUGCAAGACAGUAAAACAGCUGCCUGGCCGGGGUUCUGGUGCUCACCGAGAAAACCCAGAGAGGAGUCUGCCCAAUCACAGAGCUCCCACUCAUCCCAUGACCACACCCACUGCAGGCCACAAAGGCAGCAAGACUCGACAGUUCCGGCCGAGCAAAAGCUCCCCAGCCCAGCAGACUGUCUCGAACAGCAAGAGCCACCAAAGCAGCAAGACCCAUCACACCACUGGCAAGAGACGGAAAAACCAGCGGGAGGCAGCGCACGAGGACCUGUGCAGAUAGGCGGCGCAAUUUUCUUCCCAGACACUCGCCCGCUCUUACUUUCCUGGCCACAAGGAGGCACUACCAGUGUUAUUGGGCCCUCCUUUACCAAAAUGUGGGACUUUUAAAGCAGUUUGAAAAAAAGAGAGAAAUAUGAAAGAAGAAACCUCUGGGGACAAAUAAUUUGGGAGUUUUUUUUUUCCUUACUUCAGUCCUUCCUAACUUACUUCCUUUUUCCCCACUGGCUUCUUCACUGCUUGUGUGGAUGUGGUGGAGUUUUGACGUCCUCUUCAAAACCAGAGACUCUUCUCUUCUUGGUGUGGAGGACCAAAGGCUUAAAGAAAAAAAAAAAAAAAAAGAAAAGAAAAAGAGAGGAAAAAAAGACAAAAAUUACAAAACGAAAAAAGACAGAGACUCAUUUGAGAAUGUCUUGAAGCCCUGAAGGACUAUAUGGGGAACAGUAAAAAAAAAAUAAAAAUACAAAAGACUGAAAUUUUUGGGAAAAAAACAAACGAGCAACGAUUUCUUUUUUUUUAACAGGAAAAAAAAAAUACAAUCACUGAAAUUCAGGACAGGAUUUAUGCAUGAAGUUUUUUUUUUUUUGUUUGUUUUAUUUGGCCUUUUUUCCCCUUUUUUGAAGAGUAAAAUCCUGUCAUGUGCUGAUUAGAUGGAUUUGUACAAAACAAAAAAGAAAACCAAAAAAAUGCCUCUAAAUCGUAAGGAAAUUUUCAUAAAUGUUUUUACAGGAUCAUCACUUCUUUUUUUUUUUUUUUUUUUCUUUUUUGACAGAUGUGUACACACGACUUCAUAGAGCCAAACUGGGAUUUUAUUUAAUCAUCAGCAUUUGAAGUGUGUGUUUGUGUAUUUGCACAUGUCUGAAAAUGGUGUUGAUAUUUUGGUAUGUGUUUGUGAUAUGUUCAUGGAGGUGCAUGAGUGUAAAUGGGAGUGUGUGAGAAGUGAGAGACUGAUCCGGUGUGUGUGCUUGUCGUCUGUUUGUGUGGACACAUUCGUACACUUGCUCAUUGGAAAUUGACACGUCAGUGUAUUGAAGCGAACACGUCUCGGUUCUGUGCUAAAUGAAAACUUUACAAAUCACUACCCAGUUAUUUUAACUUUUUUUUUGUUUGUUUUUCUGUAAAAUAUCAAAACCCCAAAUUAUUUGAA